AAAUGUCAAAUGUGUAGGUGAAAGAGUGAGUGCAGAAGUAAAAGCUGUGUUUCAGUAAUUAAUUAUAGGUUUUUAUAUAGUCCUAAUAGACUAACUGUUAAUCCUGUUUAUUUAGAAACAUUGCCUUGAUAAAUAAAGCUCAUUAAAUUUCACUUAAAUACAUGUUUAGUAGAUUUUCGACUAUAAAGAUUUUAUGAUUUUUACGAAGGAAUUUUUAAACAGGGACAAUUGACUUUGAAAUAAAUACUGCCUAACUACACGUGGGCAUUAAAAAUAAGUGUGAUAAACAUGAUUACAAUUGUGUUGAAAUGAAAGAAGUUGGUGAUAGAAAAAUGAGCGGUAUUCUAAAGGUGUUGAUGCUUAAGCAUCUGGUUGUGAGGAUGCGAAGGUUCAUCAGCACAGCUGUGGAACUCAUCUCCCCCGCUGUCUUCUUCAUUCUGCUUUAUGUAUUCAAGGAUUAUAUUAAUCAGCCAGUACAUAUGUACACUCAAAAUUCCGUCAAUGUAUAUAAGCCCGAGCCACUGCCCCUAGACAGCAUUAAGGGGCCACAGCUGUUAUUCUACACUCCAGACAACAACCUCACAGGCCAGCUUAUGGAUAAAGUUGCCCGAAAACUAGGAUUGUCCCGUCUUAAGAAUUUUCCUAUUACCUUAAAAGGUAGCGGGUACUACCCCAUACAAGAUGAGGCAGAUCUCAACGACUACCUUAACAAUAUUGAUGAUCACCAAGCGCUCGUCGUAUUUCAGAACAUGACGGGGGAAUGGCCUAAACUCCUCAACUACACCAUUCGUAUGAAAAAAGAUUUUAUGACACACAUAUACAAUCCGCUCGAUGAUAGUAUGGAACCUCAUCAAGCAUUCGGGUUAAUAUACGAGACAUUUAUGCAUCUACAAUGGGCGAUAGACACGAGCUAUUUGCAAUUGAUGGGGGUCGAUGUCAAACAAAAUGUGACCCUGCAAGAGUUUCCUUUCGUGAAGACGAACACCAACAUGAACAUGGUGAUCGGUGUGCUGGUGAAGGCGUUGAUGGUGCUGUGCUGGCUGUCCUUGCUGCUGGUCUUCGUGUUCCUCAUGGCGAGACUGCUGGAUGAACGGACUACUGGUAUUGAGGAAUUAAUCAAAAUGGCGGGCGUUUCCAGUAAUAUGUUGGCAUUAUCCCACUUCCUGAACGUGGUGCCGGUGGGCGUGGUGUACUGUAUGGUGAAUGCCGUGCUGCUCACUGCCUCAUCCAAUCCAGUGCUGCUCUCCAGUACUGGCUUGAUCUGCCUGAUGCUGGCGCUGCAUUUCGUCAGUGUGAUAGCUAUGGCCUUUGCUUGCAGUUAUCUCGUCAAGAAUAUGUUCCUCGUGCUGCAGAGCGCACUGUUCGCCGUACUGACCUGGUACCUCGCACUCGUCAACCCUGGACCAUACGGACAGGCGAUGCCCUGGAACUUCAUGUUUAAGCGUUCAUUCUGGAACGAGCGCAAGGUGUCUCCUGGUGUAGAGGUUGAAGGUAAUUCGGAGGUGGAGGUGGAGGUGGAGGAACUGUCCGGUGCACGGCUCUCUGACCCGCUGUACUUCGAGCGGCCGCCCAAAGACCUCGAGCCUGGCAUCAGAAUUGAAAAUGUCACAAAAGUGUUUGGUAAGAACGUGGUCCUGUCUAAUGUAUCGCUGGAUAUAUACCAGGGCGAGAUCACAGUACUGCUGGGACACAACGGCGCCGGAAAGACCACCCUCAUGAAUAUUAUCACCGGUAUGAUAAGUGCAUCAUCAGGCAAGGUGUACGUGGAGGGGCUGGACACGGCGACGCAGCAGGAGGCGGUGCGGAAGACGCUCGGCCUCUGCCCUCAACAUAACCUCUUCUUCCCGGACCUCACCGUCCUAGAACAUGUCAUGUUCUUUACUAUGCUGAAAGGUUUCUCAUACCAUGAAGCGAAGGUGGAAUCGACGUUGCUGCUUGAAAAGCUCGGAUUGAACUCUAAAGCUGGCAGUAAAAGCUCGCAGCUGUCGGGCGGCAUGCGGCGCCGCCUGCAGCUGGGCUGCGCGCUGGCUGGCGGCGCGAGGGUGCUGGUGCUGGAUGAGCCUACCUCCGGACUGGAUGUGGAAACACGCAGGGAACUAUGGGAUUUGUUACUGUCGCUGCGAGGGUCUCGCACGGUGCUGCUGACGACGCACUUCAUGGAGGAGGCGGACGCGCUGGGCGACCGCGUGGCCGCGCUGCACCUCGGCAAGCUGCGCUGCCAUGCCACCACUAUGCACCUCAAACGGGCACUUGGUACUGGAUAUCGUCUAUCGUUCACCACGAUCGGAAUACCGAAGGAACCGGCCAUCACCAGCACAGUGCAGAGUGUGGUCGCUGAUGCCUCCAUGCGGGAGCAGAGCCUCAACUCCAUCACCUACAACCUGCCGGCAAAAGAUACCUCCAGGUUCCCCCAACUCUUCUCCAUGCUGGAGACCAAGAGAUCGGAACUGGCGAUAGACUCGAUUGGCAUCGGCAUUUCUACCUUAGAGGAGGUAUUUUUGAAAUUAUGCAGCGACGUGGAAACCACUUUUACUGAAGACACCGUGGAUACUGCGGCUCUUGAGACGCGGCAGGUGCUGGCCGGCGGCGCCGCGCUGUGGCUGCGGCAGCUGUUUGUGCUCCUUAAACGCCAGUACAACUACAUGAUGUCUAAGAAACUCUCCAUAUUGAUACUGCAAGUGGUAAUGCCGAUAGUGACACUGGUACUGUUCACGUACGUGUCGGUGGAGGUGGAGCCGGCGGGGGGCAGCGAGCGCGCACGGCUCCAUCUCCCUCUGUACGAUAUGCCGGAGCCGCGAAUACUCUACUCUCUCAAUACCAGCACCCCCACAGCACUGCGCACGCUCACCGACAAAUACACUGAUGUUACCUUUCAACCCACAUCUGAUGUUGUUGAUUCUCUCAUUCAGUACGGCAAGGAAGAUAUUAUGGAGUACAAUAAAUACAUCGCGGGAAUAGAAAUCAAUGACACUGAUGCUGUUGUGUUGUACACGACACGAGUACGUCACGCCGCACCUAUCGCUCUCAACUUGUUGACCAACAUGUUGGGCGGUGCACACGCGCACGCUGAAGUGGCGACAUACAACCAUCCGCUGGAGGGCAAGGCGGGCCCCGCGAGACAAGACUUAGUGCAACCUAAAUCACUCAUUAUGUCUGUAAUGUGGGCUACUGUUGUUGUGUUUGUGGUGCUGGCGACGAAUAUAAACCUGGUGUCGCUGCCGUGCAAGGAGCGCGAGGGCGGCGCGCGGCAGCUGCACUAUUUUUUCGCAAGUAUUGUCAUGUAUGUGUGUGCAGGCGCGCUGUUCCUGGUGCUGAUGCUGGGCAGCCUGGCGUUCUUCGCCUUCAUGUACCUCGUCAGCUUCUACUUCGGCGAGCGCGGCGCCAGCACGCUGCUCGUCGCUUGCAUCAUUCUAUUUGGUUUCCUGACAACGUCAAUGAAGAAAGCGUCAGAUUUCUUUAAGGAGAAGCAGGAUGCGGACUUUUCGUACUACAUACUAGUGGUGUGCGGCUGGUUGACGCCGCCGCACACGUUCACGGUGGCGGCGAUGAAGGCGGUGAACGUGGCGCGCCUUAACGCGUACUGCGAACUCAACAAGCAGCGCUGUCCCGCACUAUACGUUAUGGAGGAUGGAUUUGAUGCUGUGACUUGCUGCCAGUUAAACCGCAACCCUCGCUGCUACUUCUGUUUCGACGAGUUCUCGCCCGCGGAGCCUAUGGUCAUCAUGUUCUGCCAGUUUGUCGGAUUUAUGACGUUAGUAAUAAUGACUGAAUACGGCGUGUUCAACCGGCUGGCGGACCGCGUACUGAACGCGCGAUACCGCGCCGCCCCCGCAACACACACUGACGACCUCGUACGAGCCGAGGCUACAUACGUCAGGAAAGCUAUCGCGUUACCACCAGAUCAGAUCCAAGAGGCGAUGCUGGUGGAUGACUUACACAAGAACUACGUCCAGUUCAUCAGGAAGUCCACCAAUGCUGUCAAGGGGAUCAGCUUCUCUGUCAAAAAAGGAGAAUGUUUCGGUCUACUGGGAGUGAACGGCGCAGGCAAGUCCAGUACAUUCAAGAUGCUGACUGGCGAGGAGUGCGCCACACGAGGGACUGUCUUUGCCAACGGACAACAUAUAGACAAGAAUCGCACCAAAUACCUGCGGUCGCUGGGCUACUGUCCUCAGUUCUUCGGUCUGGACGAGUUCCAGUCGGGCUACGACAACCUGGCGCUGGUGCUGACGCUGCGCGGCCUGGCUGCACACCACGUCAAGGCUGAGGCUGACAAGUGGAUUGAAAUCGUUGUUCUAUUGUGUUCAGUGACUGACGGCGGCGUGUCGGAGCUGCAGCGGCUCAAGUCGGAGCUGCAUCAGAAGUUCAACUGCGAACUGAAGGACGAGCACAAGACAAUGUUACACUAUCACAUCAACGACACGAUGCGCUACAGCGAGCUCUUCAACGAGCUGGAGGGCCUCAAGCGAGACAACGCCAUCGUUGAAGACUACUCUGUCUCCGAGACCACGCUGGAGGAGGUCUUUCUAGCCUUCGCUAAGGAGACAGAAGACCAAGAAGUACGCGCCACACCAGUGUAAAAUUAUGACCAGGUCUUCAUUACUGAUACCAAGACUGAAGACCACGAGUAUAUACGAUCUGAUUUAUGGGUUACCGUGAGUUAUGUCCAGGUCUUCGUACCUCAUACCAUGUAAACCAUAGACCACGAGUCUAUAUAAUUCUAUUCGCGGUCUUCGUCACUAAGAUUAAGACCACGAUAUCCAACAGUGGUCCUAACGUAUUGUCUUAAAGACCACGCUUCUUUCGAAUCUUAAAGAUGUUUAAGCUUUGAUCGAUUUAUUGUCUUGAAGACCAGGACCACACUCUUGGUGUUUUAGCUUAUGUCAAAUCGAAAGCCACUUCUGCGCUUGAAUGUUUAAAAUUAUGGUUUUCAAGACCACACCCGAUAUUUUAUAUUUUAUAUUAUAUGCAGAACACAGCAAUUUAUCUCAUUGCUUGGUAAAGGCCACCUUUUGUAAUAAAUUUAAAUGAAUAUUUGACCACAAUCCCACCUGGUGUGAAGUGGUCUAAAUGAGGCCUAUUGUAUGUUAAUUGUGCAGUAUUAAUUUAAACCAAACAAUAAUUAUUAUACAGCUAAUAAUGUAAUGUUCAAAAUAGGCCGUUUGAAAUAUCUUAUCGGCUAAAGGCACGUGUUGUUCCGAGCUAUAAAUAUAUUUGAAAACAUCUAUACAAUUACCACUUCUGAAAUAGUGAGAGAAAGUAAAUUUUUCUAGGAAUCGUUUAGAAACUUUGAUAUGUUCUAAUUAAAAAGAUAUAUUUGAUACGAAAAUUUACUUAUUGUAUACUUCUUUUCAAAUAUCUCACCGGCGUAUACAACAAUCGAAACCGCCGAGAUAUUUGAAAAUUUCAAUACAAUUUUGUACUACGAAUAAAAUACUUAUUGAAAAGCAUUCCAAAAUAAGGCUUUAGUAUUUUAGGUCUUAUUAAUAUUAUACAUAAGGUUGAAACUAAACUGCGUAAAUAAAGUCUAUUUUGAGCCUAUCCUAAACCAUUUUUAACAAAGUGCUCUUAUGGUAAACAUUAUUUAAAAAUCAAUCUUAUUCCCAUGAGAAUAAGAUGCAAUUUAUAAAGAAAAUUCAUUCAGUAUUUUAUUUAUGAAAACUGUGAUAAAUGCGUCUAAUCGGCUUGUACAAAUUAUUUCAUAAAUAUUGCGCGCUUAGUGAGGCUGGUUUACCUAAACUGGGAUAAUUGACUAUAUAUAUAGUAAUGCUUUUUACCCCAAUAGGGAUAAAAUAAUAGAUUUACUAAAAAAAAUGCUUUUAGAAUGUAGAUUGUAUUUAAAAUUUGAAAUAAAUUUAAACACAAAAAAAUACGACAAUUAAAAAGAACCACUUUUUACUGUAACUGGAUUUUAUUCUAUAAUUUUUAAAUUGUACUGUAACCAGUUAUUAAUAUGUUAAAGUGGAUUUUUACUGCAGAAACUUUCUCUUUUAAACAACCCUUUUUGUGCUAGCGCUUCAAUGGUAAUCCACGCUAAAUUAAUGUAAUUUUUAAUAGUUUAAAAAAAUUGUGCCUCAGAGUCUUUUUGAUUUUAUUUUCUAUGUACGUAGUUUUUUUUUUUAAUAUAAAUAUCUGAAGGAGAUGUGAUCUGAAUACAUUAAUAGAAUGAUAACAAUUUUGAUACAUUUUCAUUUUAAUUACAUAAAUAAAAUUAAUUAAAUCACAAAAAUGUCAUAAACAUUUCAUUUAUUUUUGUUUCAUUUUUUAUUCGUUUUUUUUCUCAUUGAGUUUUGAUGUACAGUCGAGGACGUUGAUUUCCUAUUCACUAUGUAAAAAUAUUGUUUGACAAGAUUAUGUCGAUAUUAUUUUUGGUUUUCUUUACUGCAUGAUAUUAACAUAAUUGGUUAGGGAAUUAAUUCUUUGACUGUAGUUGGACUGUCUCUUCAUUUUCUUAUUAAAAUGUUUUUUUAUGGUUAAAUAUUUUUUUCAGGUUUUGGGUUUUUGUUC